CAUUCAUUGAUGCAGUACUUUGAUUUUUUUUUGCUCUUGCUACAUUUAACGAUCGUCUGUUCGAAUAAGUUUACAUCUUCUUCUAUUUGUAUAGUUCAAAGUUCGGUGUGAAAACAAGUGGUUUUUGUUUUGCUUUAGCGCAAUGUAAAGUCUUAAAUAUCCAAACAAAGAAAGCUACAAUCCAAUUUUAUACUAAAGAAUUUCCGUGCAUAAUUUAGUUUGAAGCUUCCAAAAUGAACAAGUUUCAACAUUUGAUCUCAAUGUAUUUGGUUAUUGGUGCGAUAUUUUUGGCAUCGAAUUCGUUGGCACGACAAAACCAUCAACACACCCGUAAAUAUUCAACGUAUCCCGAUUAUGAUAAUGAUUUAUCGCUUUGGAUUAGCGAAGCACAAGUGAAACGAUUCAGUGGUUAUUCGAUGAAAGUCUAUGCAAUUUACAAUGGUAGCGUUUCGAUGCAUUUGAUAAGUCCAAAUUUCAACAAUAAUUUACCAAUUAUACCAUCUGAAUUGACCAACGUCAAUUUUACAUGGCGAUCAGGCACAAAAAAGUAUUAUUACCAUUUUGAUCGAUUGCAAUCGCUUGAUGAAUCCAUUCUAAAACCGCCAACCGUCUCGAUUCGAAUUAAAGGAAAGGUACCACAAGAGGCAAAAGAUUUCAGUGUUUUCUUACCAUGUAAGGAUAAUAGUUCGGGAAUUGCAAUGUUUAGCAUUGGUCUGUUGAUUACUUCGCGUGGUAAGCCGAUUCCAGGUACGCCGCUAAGGCUGAAUUUGCGUAAGGAAUGCGCCCAGAGAGGUGUGUAUGAUAGAUCUUCACUUUCAACUUCUAUGCAAGCGCCCGAUCCAGAAUGUAAUAAAAAGUGUGCAAACGGAGGAUGGUGUAAUCACGAUAAGAUCUGUCAAUGUCCAGAAGGGUAUAUGGGACAAUAUUGUCAAACAGCACUGUGCUAUCCGCAAUGUAUGAACGGUGGAUUUUGUUCAGCACCGGCAGUAUGUUCGUGCCCAAAAGGAUAUCAGGGUAGACAUUGCGAGGGUGGAAUUUGCGAGCAGAAAUGUUUAAACGGUGGCAAAUGUAUUCAAAAGGACAAGUGUCAAUGUACAAAAGGAUUUUAUGGGUCUCAUUGCCAAUUUUCAAAAUGCAUAAUCCCCUGUUCAAAUGGCGGAAAGUGCAAUGGAAAUAAUAAAUGUCGAUGUCCUGACGGCUUUGCUGGUGACCAUUGUGAGGUGGAAAAUUCACAGCGUUUGGAAGGUACUUGUAAAAAGCCAUGCGGUCAUGGGAUAUGUAUGUCACACAACAAAUGUAAAUGUUACAAAGGAUUUUUCGGUCGAUACUGCAACCAACGUGGAAAGCGUCACAAUCGAAACGGUGAACGACUCUAGCUCAUUUGGCCAAAUUUAAAGAAAAAUAUACAAUGACCGUAGAUAUAUACGUUAAGAUUCAGCAAAUGAUAAAUGGUUCCAAACUUUUCUCACUCACUCUAUCGAAAAAACAAAACAACAACUUUGUGUAGCUUUCAAUUUUGUUCUAUUUUAAUUUUUUAAUUGUGAUAAUAUGCAAACAAAUUGAUUAAAUUUAUCAAA